AUGAAAAAUCUUAGCAUUACUGAUGAGUUUGUCCUCCUGGGAUUGUCCAGUGACCCCCACAUCGAGGCCCUGCUCUUCAUGCUCUUCCUGGUGAUUUACCUCCUGAUCCUGAUGGGGAACCUGGUGAUGCUUCUGGUAAUCGGGGCUGAUUCUCACCUCCACACCCCCAUGUACUUCUUCCUCAAACAUUUGUCUUUCCUAGAUAUCUGCUAUUCAUCAGUUACUGUGCCCAAGAUGCUACAGGACUUCCUGUCUCAGAAGAAAACCAUCUCAGUGUGGGGCUGCAUCACCCAGAGUUUCUUUUUCAUUCUUUCUGGGGGCACUGAAGGCUGCUUGCUCUCUGCCAUGGCCUAUGACCGCUAUGCUGCCAUCUGCCAGCCUCUGCUCUACACCGUGGUCAUGAGCAGGCCCCUCUGUACUGUGUUGGUCAGUGCAGCCUGGGUGAUGGGGUUUCUGAACUCACUAGUGAAUAAUCUUUGUAUCCAGAACUUAGAGUUCUGUGGGCCCAAUGUCAUUCCCCACUUCAGCUGUGAGCUGCCUUCACUCUUCCCUCUGUCCUGCACUGAUCCCACUGCCAACACCAUCCUGCUAGAUGCAUCUACUGCAUUUAUUGGACUUGUGACACUUCCUCUGAUCCUCAUUUCUUACUCUAAAAUCAUCUCUUCCAUACUGAGCAUCCAUUCUUCUGGGGGCCAAGGCAAAGCCUUCUCCACCUGCUCAUCCCACCUCACUGUGGUGCUCUUGUUCUAUGGGACGGCUCUUUUCAGGUACAUCAGGUCCCCCUCAGGAUCAGUCCUGGAGCAAGUGGUGUCCCUACAGUAUAGUGUGAUCACAUCCUUGCUGAACCCCCUCAUCUACAGCCUCAAGAACCAGGAGGUAAAGACAGCUCUGCAGAGGAUGCUGAAGCAGCAAAUGUGCUCCUUUAAGCAAGGGUUGUCUGCAUGGUGUUCAACAGAGAAUGAGGAGGGAUCUUCAGAAAUACCCUUCCAGGAAAAAAAAGACAUUUUAGGUGAGUGUUGUUAA